AUGAGUGACUUUGACGACUGCGGCAGCCACGGGGCAUCCAGCAUGUACCUCCCCGGGUGCGCCGCCGCCGCCGCCGCCUAUUACGUCUCCUCCUCGGAUUUCUCCGGCAAGCCCCCGUUCCUGUCCCAGUCGCCCUCCUGUCAAAUGACUUUCCCUUACGCCUCCAACCUGCCUCCCCAUGUGCAACCGGUGCGCGAAGCGGCGGCGGCGGCGUUCAGGGACUACGCGGGAGGCGGCGGCGGCGGAGGUGGCGGCGGCGCAGGCGGCGGCGGCAAGUGGCCCUACCGAGGCGGCAGCUACGCGCCCAGCAGCUACUACGAGGAGGUGAUGCACGGCAGGGACUUUCUGCAGCCGGCCACCCGCAGGACUGACGUGCUCUUCAAGGCAGAUCCCGUGUGCGGAGCCCACCACCACCACCACGGGGCGGCCGCCGCCGCCGCUUCCGCAGCUGCUGCGGCCGCCGCCGCCGCCGCCAACUUCUACAGCGCAGUGGGCAGGAACGGGAUCCUCCCGCAGGGCUUCGACCAGUUUUACGAGGCGGCGCAUGGCGGAGGCGGCGGGGGCGGAGGCGGCACCCCCUACCCGGAGCCAGAGGGCGACAAGGGCGACCUCAAGCUCGCCAGCAACACUUGUGGCAAAGCUUCCCCGCUGCCCGGCCAGGAAAAGAAAGUGACAAGCGAGGGCAGCGCCGAGUCGCCGUCGGGGGAGGCCCGACCGGACAAGAGCAGCAGCAGCAGCAGCAGCAACAGCAGCAGCACUUCAGGUAAGAAGAGGUGCCCAGUCCGAAGAGCCACACGACCAGCCCCGCUUUCCCGAGCUGUUGAUUAUUUAUUUAUUUGUUAAGUUGGGGAGGCGGGGAGCGAGAGGAAAGCCAAAAAUUGAGAAGGGUGGGUGGGUGGAGGGAGGAUGGGUGAGUAGGUGGGUGGGAGAGAGAGAGGGAGGGAGGGAGGGAGGGAGCACGAGGCCACCACUUUGUCAAGCCCGAGGUCUUUUUUAUGUGAGAUUUUAUAAGCAUCCGAAGGGCUUUUAUAUAUCCUAUAAGGUUUCCCUCACCGUUGUAAAGCGUGUUUACGAUAGGAAACCCAUUGAGGGUAACUUAUAGAUGUUCUUGGAGGAGGAUGUUAAUUGUGACGAAACUGUUGAUUGGGAGGCUGAGAGCUCCCAAAGUUUUGGGGAGGGGUGUUCAGACAUAUACUGGUAUGUGAUAUAUAUCACAUAUAUAUAUAGUGUAUAUAUGUGUAUGUGUGUGUAUGUGUGUAUGUGUGUGUGUGUGUGUGUAUAUAUAUAUAUAUAUAUAUAUAUAUAUAUAUAUAUAUAUAAUCAGUUGGGAUCCUGUCUGAGCUGGACUUGGGACUGACAUUUGAGAGAGGCAGGAUUCUUUUCCACAAACCAUUCUACUGUGGAAGGGGAGGGGAAAAAACCAGGGUCCCAAUUGAAUGGGUAGAGGUGUAGUUUGCAAAGUCAGUUUCAAACAAUUCCACUCAUGCCCUUCUCUCAGUCCUGUAAAUGGAGUUGGGUAGUAUAAGCUUGAAAUUACGUCGAUUAUUAUUAUUAUUAUUAUUUCCAUCUUUUCUUCUUCCACCCACACCUUCCAAAAACCACUUUGACAAAGUUGACUAGCGUGAGGCAGAAAACUCCCUGGAUGUUUCAGUGGUCGGUUUCCCAGGGAGUAAGGGAAUAGUUACAGUAAGUCCUUAGGAAGUGUAGCUUUGCUUGAAAGUGUUCUGAGUGGGACAACAUAUGCCAGCUUCUUAAUUUCUUCGUUCCUAAUUUCCCCCUUCUGUCUCCCACCCUGCUUCCCUCAUUAUUAUUAUUAUCAUCAUGAUUGGGUUGUCUUUUUUCUUCCUUUCCUGAUUGUCCAGCACUUCCCCAGCGAUCCCGGAAAAAAAGAUGUCCUUACACGAAAUACCAGAUAAGAGAACUGGAACGGGAGUUUUUCUUCAACGUGUACAUAAACAAAGAGAAAAGACUCCAGCUGUCUAGGAUGCUGAACCUCACGGAUCGACAAGUCAAAAUAUGGUUCCAAAAUCGACGGAUGAAAGAAAAGAAACUGAACAGAGAUCGACUGCAGUAUUUCACGGGGAACCCCUUGUUUUGA